AUGGCUUGGUCUCGUAAUAUGGAUGCCGGAGACCAGAAUGUCAAGAAAAUUACUGGAGCAAGUUGGUCGUCUCCGAAGAUUUUGGAUGAAAACAUCUAUACCACCAGAAGACUAGUAAUACACCAGUUACGACGGAUAAUUGCUGUCAGUCGCGAUCCAUCUUACGGGUGGAUCACAGGGCGAAAGAAAAAUGGAUUGAGUGAGACAGGAAGACGUGUUCAUUGCUAUCUAAGAAACCUUGGAAGUGGAGGACCGGUUUUGGAACACCCACAGGUCGCGGGUAGCUCAGGUGUCUGGGCCAAUUCAUUCAGAGGCAGUAACGUAACAGCAGGUGUUCUACAUUGUCUCGCUGAUAAUUCAAUCCUUCUCUUAUCUGAUUCUUCUCAUGUUUUAUUACCUUCAGUCACGACCAAGAUGAAGAAUGAAAUGCUACUUGAAUUUUCAUAG